AUGCCGUCCAAGAAAGCGAACAACAAAGCCACGAGAGCAGCGCAACCUCACGCGCAACCUGUACAAGACUACGAGACGGACACAGACGCCGCACUCACAUCAGGACCCAUGGCCGCGCCUCCACCGAAUCGCACCAACACCCAGCUCAACUUCUCCGUGCUCCGACGAUACGUUCCCGACGUAGAACGCAUCAUAUCCAUCGCGCCAUUCGCCGUCGUCUACACCUUCUCCCCGGACUCCCAGCAAUGGGAGAAAAGCGGCGUCGAGGGCACGCUGUUCGUCUGUCAACUGUCUGCCUCGCCUAACCCACGGUACAACGUGGUGAUACUGAACCGCAAGAGCCUGGACAAUUUCAUCACUGAGCUGGUCAGCGAGGACGACAUUGAGAUCACGGAGCAGUACGUGAUCCUACAAGUGCUGGGAGAGAACGACGUGCCGACGAUCUAUGGUCUAUGGAUCUUCUCGGAUGAGGGCGAGGGUGUACACAGCACGCGAGAGAUAGUGGCCCACUCAAUUCAGGAGUGUGCUAUGCGAGCAGCCCAUGCGAAUCUGGCUGCGGCGGAGGAGAGUCAAGAGGACUACGAAGCGUCUGCACCGUACGGCUUCGAUGGCACUUCUGACGGUCACGCCGAGAACAAUGCGCCCCAACCCAAAGAGUCGGGACAGUCGAUCGAUCUUCUUUCGUUGUUUGGCACUUCGACUUCUCAACCUCCGGCGACAAAUGGCAAUGUAACGAGUCCACCCGCAACCAGACCUGUGCCAGAGCAAUCCCAUUUCGUCCCUACAGCAGACACAGACUUCUUCAGAUCUACUGGCAGCCCUGGAGCAACAUUCCAGGGACAUUCGAGGCCUCCGCUUCAACAAGAUAUGUUACUCAAUUUGUUCAAGAGCGCGAACCACGGCUAA